AAGAAAACGAAGAAGACCCGACUGUCGGGGUGGAAAAGACGACAGAUCUUCAUCAGCGUGACUGCAAUUUGAAAAGAUUUAAGAUUUACUGGGUAACAGCAACAACCCACGUAAUCCCCAAGCCUCACUGUGCUCGCUCAUUCACAGCUCGCUCCUUCCUUUUAUUUGGAGCCCAGAACAGCAUUCUCUCAUCAACAGCAUCGGAGGGAUUCAUUUCAUAUUUGGACCUGUGACUGAUGCUGCUGCAGUGACAGCUCUCCGGUUGCCACAAACACCGGUUAUUCUACGUCUGAUCGUUGUUUCAUCAUUGCCACCCAAUAUCAAGCGACGGCAUCAUUAUCUCAACAGACAGUUUUCUCACACAACCAGUAAAACUGAGGACGGAGUAGGUCUCUGCUAUCAUGUAUCACCACCACUCCCAGCAGCAAGGGCCGCAGUCUUUCUCCAGUGGGUCCCGACCACCUCAUCAUCAGCAACUUUCAAAUCAACAACAGAGUCACCCUGCCGCUGAUAUGAUGUCACAGGUGGGGGGCUUUCAAUUUCCUCGUCCUACCCAGCUGCCUGAUGAGCUUGAGUCAGCCCUGGCCAUCCGGGGCUCCAGGGACAUCGACCAUCGUGUCAUGGACUCCAUGAACAUACAAAACCAACAUCAGACUCUCGGUCCAGGGUCUGACAUCGGUCAAUGUUUGUCAGAACGUGGAAGCUACAACUCUAACCCUUUAACGCUCACUCCUGACAGUCAGUCGGGCCACCAGCAAGGAGCGGACUGGUCAAAAUACCAACCACAAAUGACACCUUUUGGCAGUCAUCCAUCUAGUGUUAGCCAUCAGGGACCUCAACAGGUGAGCCAGAGCAGCCAUGGUGGAACAUGUAUGUCGAGCUGGGAUACCUCAAUGAGUGACUCACCGUUGUCUCAAGUUAGGAAUUCACAUGGUGGCCGAAGCAGUGGUGGUGCAGAUGGUCAAGGUUUGUACACAUCAGAGAGUGCUGGAAGUAUUUUGGCUAGCUUUGGACUUUCAAAUGAGGAUUUGGAAGUACUGAGUCACUAUCCGGAUGAACAACUGACUCCAGAUACUCUACCGUUCAUCCUCCGUGAAAUCCAAGUCAGCAAGUCAAGUAAGCAGAAUAAGGAUGCACCACUGGCACAUUCAGGCACCCCUGAAGUGCCCAGUCUUCUCACUGUUACAAAGACAGCAGGUGAAGUCAUUGACUAUGGUCAUGCAAGUCGAGCAAAGGAAGAAAGUAGCAGCAGAGAGACAUUUAAAAGAGAACCACUGUCAAGUGAAAGGAUAGUCAAAAUGGUGUACUCAUCCUCCACAGUUCCAAAAUUGGAGACAACUGAAAGACAGGUUCGUUUGGAACCCAGUAAAUCAAACAAGCAUGGGGACCGGGACUAUCGCAGGGCAAGUACUGACAUUCAUAAGAUCAGUCGGUCGCCCAAGAGAGAAUUUCCACCAUUAUCUAAAUCUCGUCCAGUGGACCAUGACUACAGACGUGAACGGCAUAAAAUGAGGCCCUCAUCGGAAACCAGAAGUGAGACGUCCCCGUUUUCCAGACACACUGUGUCUUCUUCAUCUGGCUUAAAAACACAAAGCAGCAGCAAGAGGUUACCCACACCAUCCCUGAUAAAUGAUUUCAACGCUUUAAAGCCGAAGAUGUAUCCCCAUACCUGCGCCGUGUGCCACGUAGAGUGUGAUCAGGAAAAGGAGUGGAUUGAACAUGUUAACACAGUUAACCACACAGCUGCCUGCAGAGACCUGCGGAACAAGUACCCUGAGUGGAAACCACAUCUGCCCAGGAAGAGCGGGCGGUAUGGCCGCCAGGUUCUGUGGGACCCCAAGGAGGACCCCACUCCAGUGUACCCUUCUCACUCUUUGUCACGGACACCAAGCCCUCCACGCAAACAACAUGUGGGCCUUCACACUCCCAGGCUGUACAGGAAGCCCUACGCUCGUGACUACCACCAAGGGGAUCUCUCUCACCAGAGGCUGAGACGUUCACAUUAUGGUUCACAUUCACCUGAUCGCUCCACUGACACCAGCCACCGUCGGCCCACCUCUAAAUCAGACCAUAGCUCUGCUAAGACUGGCUCAAAGAACGUGCCAAAGACGGUGUCCAAGGCGAUUAAGACAACUCGUGGCAAAGAUGGAGAUGCAUCUCCCCCAGCCAAGAAAAAGAAGAAAGUGGUGACUACAACCCUCCAGUCCACACCUACUGCCAAUCGUCUGAUUUAUCUCACAGGCAUUCCUCUGGAUGCCUCAGAGCAGGACAUAACUGAUUUAGUUGCUUCUUUUGGCAAGAUCAACAAUGUGAUCCUCAUGCCGGGUUCUGAGGAAGAGGGUGAGAAAAAUGAAGGACAGAAGGCGUCUGUGUGCAUGGUGAAGGCUGAAGAUGCCAAGGCUCUUGCCCACUCCACAAAGCUAUUCAUCAAAGACAAGCAAAUUACUGCUCUCGUGGCUAAGAACAUUCUGCCAGACCAGUUAUCAUCAGAAAACAGCAAUUCUGCUUCAACACAAGACAAGUCUGCAGCUGACGAGGAGUCCGGCAGUGGGGAUCACAACAGGAUUACUGAUGAGACCAAAGUGUUGAUCACAGGGCUUCCUGACGGUGGUUGGUCAGAAAAUGACAUCACUGAGCUGGUCCAGCCUUUUGUGACUGUUUUGGACAUCAUCAAAGUGCCAGAAAUGGGAAAGGUACUUCUGUCAGUAGAAGACACAGAGUCUGCUCAGGAGAUGGUUAAAGUCCUCACCUUCAGCCCUCCAAAGAUCAAUGACUCCGAGCUCAAGUUGUUCCACCUUAAACAGAAUAUUGGCAUGAAAAGACCGGUUGCUCUCUACAAUCUUCUCAUGGGCUCAGUGGACCCAUUGGAGAAUUCGGACCGAGUCAGCUGGAACUGCUUGUUGGUGAUCAGUAAUGUUCCUGAUACACCAAACGGCCCCUCUGAAGUCCAGAAGCUGGUGCGACGCUUUGGUACAGUGAUCAGAACCCUAGUGCUCCCAAAGAGCAUGGUCAUUUGUGAAAUGGCAAAUGGUGCCAUGGCCCUCUCUGUUUACAACCGUUUCCAGAAGUUUCCAUGCAUGAUAGAAAACAACCCUCUGUGCUUCUCCCACAAGCCUGACCCUAAAGCCACCGUGCAGUCGAAGGUCAUCGCUUCCUUCCUUGAUUCUUCUAAGGACACAUGUGCGAAUAAGAAGGGCAACCAGUUGCAGAAAACAGCAGAUGAAGAGGUGGGGGUGGAUAGAGAGACUUGUGGCUCAGCAACAGAGGGCAAGGAAGGAGAUGCUGAUGUCAAAGACAGCAGCAGGAUGCAGGACAGUGAGAUGGAAUGUGAAAAUGAAGCUUUGGGAAAUGAUGAGGGCAAUGAUGAAGGUAACGAGAUUCACAAAAUGGAGGUUGCUGACGUGGCCUCUACUGAGGAAAAAGACAAGCUUGAAGAUGACUCUGAGAUGGAGGAGAGGGAAACGUUGCAUGUAGAAAUGGUCACAGAGACAACAGAGGAGACGCAAACUUGCAGUGAAUCCCAAGCAGGAAAUAAAGAAGCUCCGGUAGGAGAAGAUAAAGAACCAGUCACCUGUGAUGAAGCUGCUGCUUCCAAUGAGACAGCCAGUCCAGAACUACCCAAGCUGACACAACAGAUGGUCAAUGUGCUGCUGGAGGAGUACCGAUCAAGAACUGCCAACCACUCCAACAAACCCAAAGCUUCUGAAGAAAAGAUGGAAGAGCAAAAGGAGAAACCUAGCAGAGAUAAAGUUGAAGAGCUGAAAGAGAUUGCCAAGGAUCGCACUGAAGAGGGGGAGGAGAAGAAGCGAGAAAGAAAAGAGAGAAUGAUGAGAAGAGAAAAGGAGCAGAGAGAGAGAUAUGAGAGAGAGCGGAAGGUUUGGGAGGAGGAGAGGUCCAGAAGGGUGAGGGACAGGGAUGAUAGGUCCAGGAGGGAGUGGGAGAGGAUGGAAAGGGACAGCAGAGACCGAAAAAGAACACACAGUGAUGUCUUGUCAGGAUCAAGGUCUUUGUCCAGGUCUGAAUCAAAUAAGCACAGCUUCAGGAAGGAAGGAGCUGAAAAGACCAAAAAGGCGGAUCAGGAGAAUGAUGGGGAAUUUGAUUUCAUGUUCAACAUGGGUGACUUUGUGACAGUGGAUGAAGUUGGAGAAGUGACAGACUUUCCUCGUUCCCCUUCUCCCUCUGUUGCUGUGGACACCACAUGCAAAGGAGAGGACAGUGAAGCAGCUGUCCAACAGGACACUGUUCCGGAUACAAUUUCAGAGGCUGCAACAGAAAAGGAGUCUGGUAGUGCGCCUAACCUGAUGGACUCUGAGCGGGAAUUAGAAUCCGAAACUGCACCUGAUGCUGAGAGUUUGAUGGCCACAGAUGUGGUGCCUGCUGCCUCACCACCUCAACCUGCCCCCUCAUCCAACCAAACAAACACAGCUGCUUGUCCAGAAGAAUCCGAAAUGGAGACGAUAACAAAGACAGAACUGACAUCGUUGGAGACACUCGAUCCAGUUCCAGAGCUUCAGUCCUCCUCCUCACCAACCCCUGCAGCUACAGAUGGCGCAGUUGAAGCUGCUGUUCAUCCCUCCACAGAGACACCUGCCAGCAGUUCAGUGACUCUGGACAGUGAGGACAAAGAGUGUGCACCCAGUCACAGCCAGGCUACAGAGCAAGAGACGGCGGCUGUGGCAUCAGGCAAAGCAGAGGACCAGGAUGAAGAGAAAAGUCAUUUGGAAGCUCCAACGCAGGCGGGAAAGUGUGAGACAGGUGAGGAGGCCACAAAAACUGAAGAGGGGUGUGUGACAGAGAAAUCCAAAACAGACUGCUCCCUCCCCCCUUUUGAUCCAAACAACCCAGUUGGUAUGGAACUCCUGGUGCCAAAAACUGGUUUCUUCUGUAAAGCCUGUGGCCGGUUCUUCAGUGGAGCCAAGGAGGCUGAGGUCAACCACUGUAGAACCCUCAAGCACUAUGAGAGCUUGCAGAAAUAUUUGUGCAGCAAAAAGACCAUAAACGAGUCUGCAAAAUCCAAGAGCAGCUGAACGCAGAAUCGGACUCAGUUCGACCAUUCCCUUCAUUUCUUUGUAACCCCUUAAGGGCCCAAUUUCUCAUCGUAGUAAUUUGUCACGUGUUAAUUUCAUUUUGUGUGUCUGUGUGUGUUGGGGGGGUGGGGGGGCUGUCUCAUAUGAAAACUGUACAAUGAUGGCUGCUAGAAAAAAAAUGUUAAUUAUAGGUCUUUGCUCAAGUAUGUGAUUUAGCAGCCACUUGAUUUUAUUUUAUUUUUUGCAGUUUUAAUAUAUAGGACUUACUCGGUUGCUGACAAGUUCAUAGGCUAACCAUGAUUGCGUUUGAGGGCCACACAAUUUUUCCACCUAUGUGUAGUGGUCCUUGGAUGUUUUUAAUAUACAAAGGUUUCUCCCCAAUAGCUGAUAUGUCAUUGUUAUGCCAACACUUCUUUCCAAUGAAGGGAGCUUCUUUUAAGUUUUAUUAGUUUUUUGAAAGACACAGUACAUAAUAAACAAUAGUAUAAAGUGAGAUGACAGAAAACCAAGAACACAGAAUACUAAAUUUUUCAGUAUUAACUAAACCUUACAUAAGUCUAAAACUUAUUUCAUAAUGAAGUCCCAUCAUACGUUUCCCCUCUGUCUGUUGAGCAUACACUCGUAUGAUGCUGUUUCCCAUGAAAGGUACCUAUAUCCCCAAAGCUGAGCAGAUCUAGGAACCACUUAAUUGUGUUUGCAUUUCUCUGUCUAUCUUUUUCCAUAUGGUUGAUGUUUACCUGAUAUUGACAAGGUUGGUACAUGUGAUCAACUCCUGAAGACCUUGGUCACAUUCAAUGUUUGGUGUGUAUUGAUUCUAACUGUGGCCACCAGAGGGCUUAUUUUCUGAAACCUAGUGUACAGAAUAAAGCCACAAUGGCUUCAAUGAUCUGAUUGUGAUGAAACUUACAACCUUAGAUUAUACCUUGCUAAUAUCUAGUACACACUGGAGGUUCGGUUCGGCAACACAGGUUUAUUGCCUUUGUUCAUAUCUGGAAACAGAUGAAAGUUACAUGGUGGCAUAUCAGGGCCGUAAGGUGGAUGUUUUACUAAAGGGGAGCUGUACCCACGCAAAAGCUACAUCUACGACUGUACCAUCUACAACCUUAGCCUAUGACAUCCAUAUGCAAACUUCUCCAAGAUAUAUACCUGUAAAUAUGGUGGCCAAAACUUCCAGUGGUGUGUGUGUGAUCCCACGCACACAGUUGAGUCUGGUUGGUGACAUGAACAUGGCCAAAGUCUCUAUAAUAAGACCCUCUUUAUCUUUUUUGAUAUUUGUUAUUAUGCCGCUGGUAUAGUAUUCAGUUUGGCCUUUUUGAAGGUUGCUCACAGACACUUUGUUUUUUGAUUUAUGAAUUGGAGGUCAUCUCCUUACCUCCAGAAGCAACAACCUUGACCUCUUUGAAAGUGAUCAAAAAGCAAUUCAGGCCUGUGGAUUAUCUUCGUGUUUCAGUCUCAAAGUGGUAAGAUCAUUACUCAUCCUGGAUUGGGAAACAUUUGUGUUGUAUCUGCUUCAAGCCACUGUAAGCUCUUGCCGGAAUUGAUGAGCCUGGUCCUGUUUUAAUCAGGGAUUAAGAUACGGCAUUUACUAAGAAGAGACUCCUUUUUGGCAUCCCUAAAUUUUGGAUGUAAAAUUUCUCGACAGACCAGCGGCUACAGCAGCAAUAGUGAUCUGAUUGUUGUCUCCUGUUGGAUAAGUUCAGUGUCUCAGUGGUGACAGUGGCAAGUUGUCACCUUCAAAGUUCUCCCUACUCCUUUAAAUUGAGACGACCCCCCCCCCCCCCAUUGCUAAAGCUGGAGGGUGAUGUCCUAAUCUACAGCCAUAUUGGUGUGAAUGUGUUUGGGAGAUGAAUCAUUUUUCUGUAGGUACAGCAGUGUCAAAUAGCCUUGAUUUUUAUUAAUAUUUCCUCAUCAACCUUCGCCAGCUACAAAACUCCAAGGGCAGCUGUACCUGUUAGAAACAGUCAGGAUGCUUCUCCUUUGAUGUGGCAUUACGUCUUCAUAGUCGGCCUAUGAACUUCUCAAAACUAUCUUUGUAUUAAACCUGCUGGUUUUGUCAUUUUUCACUGCUGUUUAGCUGCAUUAGCAAAAAUAAUUGUGUAUGAUGUUUAUUAGGUAGUUGUGGUCUUUGGUUUCAAUUUAAGUCUUCAAAUAAAUAACUGUUUAAUAUGUUAA